UAGAGCUAAUUAAUUGAUCAAUCAAGUAGCCAUAGUUACAGAAGCAUGCCUCUCCCUCGUGCUCUCAUCCUUGUUGUUCUCGCUACUACCUUCUUCUCAGCCACCUCCUUGGCUAAAGAAUUCACCGUCGGAGAUGACCAUGGCUGGACAAUCCACUUCGAUUACCAGGCCUGGGCUUCAGACAAGGUCUUCCACGUAGGAGACAAACUCAUAUUCAAGUACCCCGCUGGAAAGCACAAUGUGUUCAAAGUGAACGGAACAGACUUCAGGAACUGCACGGUCCCUCCAGCAUCUCAGGGAUUAACUUCAGGAGACGAUGUGAUUGUGUUGGAAAGUCCAGGCAGGAAAUGGUACUUGUGUGGGGUUGCAGCUCACUGCGAGAAUGGCCAAAAGCUCUUCAUAAAUGUGUUGCCUUCUCAAACACAAGCUCCAUCUCCGUCACCGGUAUCAUCUGUGUUGCCCAUAACAGUUCCUCCGUCUCCUUCUCCGUCUCCACAGUCGUCGUCUUUAUCAUCUGCUUCUUCUUCACCUUUAAGUGCCAAAUAUCGAUGGCUGCCCAGGAAGUUAAUUGCACUGUUCCAACACUAAUCCCCACAGUACAUUAAUUCCACGCAUGUCUGUGGGUUGACAAAAUGGCUAUUCAUCGUUAUAUGUGUUUCUAUGUUCUUUUCCGAAGUUAUUGACGAAUGUAAUCUCUUU